AUGAUGCAAGCGGAGGACACCGAGAGCCUGUCGUGGAUCACCGAUAAGCCAUCAGCAGUCGAUGGAGGUGGCACACUCACGUCACAACCACCGGAUGUGGUAUCCGGUCCGUUUACAUCACUCCCACUUGACAUGACGGAUACCGAUGACCUGGACGAUCGCCGGUCACCUGCAAUGAACGGUGGCCAGCUGGAUGGUGGUGGUAGCAAGAAGGAGCGCAGUUUCCUGCUGAUGGACGAACAGGAGCGCAUAUGCGUCCGUUCAGCGGACCAGUUCUGCAAACGGCUGUCCUUAUCACCCGACACCAAGCUGAAAGUCGUCUCAAUAUUCGGCAACACCGGUGACGGAAAAUCCCACACAAUGAACCACGCACUGUUCGGUGGUCGGGACGUUUUCAAAACGUCCUCGGAGCAAGCGUCCUGCACGAUGGGCAUUUGGGCUGCGUACCAGCGCCAGAAGAACGUGCUCGCCCUCGACACCGAAGGUUUGCUCGGUGAAACGGUGAACGAGAACCGGCAGAUGCGUAUGCUGCUGAAGGUGCUCGCCAUCUCGGAUCUCAUCAUUUACCGGACGCGAGCCGAGCGGUUGCGUACGGACAUGUAUAAGUUUUUGGGCACCGCCUCGAAGGCGUUCACGAAGUACUUCUCGGGCGCACUGCAGGCACUCGAUUUGCCUGGACCACCACAAGCACUCGGACCCGCCGUCAUCAUCUUUCACGAGACGCACAACACGGAGGUGCUGAAGGAGGACGACGAUGGUAAAAAGGAGGAGGACAUCCUACGCGAACGGUUCGCCAAGCUGCGACUCGAACUGAGCGCGUUCAGCUCGCUUCGGUACGUUGGUGUACGUUCUGCUAAACCUCCGACGAACUACGAACCGUUGCGCAUGGUUUGGGAGAAAGAGAUCCGUAACACGGCCGUCCGAUCGCCCCGGUUGCCGCGUGUCGUCUUCGAGGCGCUGCUCGCGCUGAACAAUAAGUUUAACGGCGACCUCAGCCCACUGCCGUUCAAUGCCUUCCCGGAGCAGUACUUUACGUGCACGACCUACUGCAAGUCGUGUGACGCUCGUUGCCAGCUUUCGAUGGGUCAUCUCGAGCUGAAGGAGGAUCACCGGUGCGGUAGUGUCUGCCGGUAUCAGCACCAGCACGAGAACAAGGUGUAUCUGUGCAAUCGGUGUCACGUCAAUGGCCGACAGGUUGUGGUCAGUAUUCAGACGCAAAAAUCCACCGACUCGUCCUGGAUGGGGUUGGCGCUGUACGCUUGGAGUGGAUCCGUUAUCGAGUGUCCGCAUUGUGGUGAGAUUUAUCGCUCGCGUCAGCACUGGUAUGGGAACAAGGCGCCCGAGCAAAAUGCGGUUCGGACGGAGAUCGUGCAUGUGUGGAACGAUGGAGGUCUCCAGCUGCAAGGACCAGCCCAUUCCGCCCAGCUCGUCCUCGACGGGGUUGCUUAUAUCACGGAUGCCAUGGCCAGCGUCGGAUCACAACCGACGAAACUCGUUAAAUCAUGGGUCACCGAUAAAAUCCGUCCCGCUUACUGGCGACCGGAUAGUGAGAUCAUUCACUGCAAAGGAUGCAUCAGAAAUUUCGACCAGCACGGCCUCAAGAAGCACCACUGUCGAAGCUGUGGUGAGGGAUUUUGCAACCACUGCUCAAAGCACGAGAUGCCCGUACCCUGUCGCGGUUGGAAUUACCCGGUGCGAGUGUGUAAUAGCUGCUGGAACGAUGGACGGAAUGGUGGCACGAUUGGCGAAGGUACUGGCGGCGGAAGAGGCUUGAAUGGUGUGCCAUCUUCGAACGGGAACCACCAACCGGAGCAGCCACAUCAGCACCAUCGGCCAGAUCGUGAGCUAGAAGAGCGUGCGUGUACUGACGACGAUGCUGACCUCCUCGUGACGUCUUCUUCUGCAGGCACCACCGGUAGCGACAUCGACGAAGCGAACAACAUUCUCGUGCGUCGAUACGGGGAAGCGGUCAUCAACACGAUCAGCAACAUUGGUGCGGUGUUGGAGUAUCCUAAAGACUUUAUAAAGGAAUCGGCACGCCCUUCAUACUGGGUUCCGGAUGCCGAGGCACCGAACUGUGUCAUCUGUGAGCUUGAGUUCGGCUCACCGGAAGAGCUACAGAUGGUGGUAUCGCACGGUAAGCUUAAGGGCUCACCGCUCACAUCCGGAUCGUCCUCUCCGGUGGCAUCGCCUGCCCGACGUACCGAAAACGGUUCCAGCGGUGCCGGAACAGAUGCGCGCUCAAAUGGUACCGCCACGCGUACGUCGGCCGCUAGCAAACAUGGCGUCCCGGGAUCCACUGGACGGUCCUCCACGUACCGAUCGAUCGAUCGACGGAGACAUCACUGCCGCGCGUGUGGCAAUGCGGUUUGUGCGGGUUGCUCGCAAAAUCGUCGCCCCGUACCGAAACGGGGCUGGGUUAGCGAUACGCGCGUCUGCAACACGUGCUACACGGCGGAAGAUUAG